UGAAUAUAUCGAGGGAGGUAAAUAUAUCGAAAACUUACAAGUUCUUUCUGAUGAACAAAAUUCACAGCUUAUAUUGACCUAUGAGAUAUUACCAGCUUCUAGUUCACAAGUUUUUUUUAUAUGCUCUAUACUACAAAGAUGUGCUUCAUCUAAACCUGAUAUGUUAAAUUCUAAUGAUGUAGAAAAUAAAUUCAUUAAUUAUAAUAUAUCUAAUAUAAAUGAACAUCAAAAAAUUGAAGUUAAAGAUCAAGAAAAGCUUGAAAUUGUUUCUGGCUCAAUAUUUCAAACUUGGAAACAGCUUGAUCAUCAUAUUAAAAUAUAUGCAAAGCAAAAUGGCUUUGUAUCAAUUAUUACUUGUUCUGAAUAUAAUGAUAUUACUUGUAGAAUGUGUAGAUAUGCUUGUGAACACCAAGAUAUAAGACAUUCAAAGAAGAUAGCUAUUCUAAAAAAUCAAAAAGAAUUAUAUACAAAAUA